AUGGAGAACUUCCGCGCUUCGCAAACCCCAAAUUCCACACCAUCCUUUACGACCCCGACUGCAUCGAUUCGCUCGCGAAGGCUGGAUUCGGCUGUUGGUGAAACUACAGCACCUACAAAUCGACCUCGGCGGCGCUUCAAAAGCUCCCGGCUUAUCGGGGAGUUUGAGAAGCCAUGGCUAGAUGAUAACAAGAAGAGACCGAACUGGGAUAGCAUAAUCUUCUAUACUUGCGCAUUUAUUGCAUUGGCUGUAUCAGGCUAUAUCUGUUGGUCUGCGUAUGCCGAAGUUCCCAAACACGAAUGGUGCAUGGUGCUGGAUGAUGAUUUUGCUACAUUGGAUAGCAAUGUCUGGAGUCAUGAAGUGCAGCUCAAUGGCUUUGGAACUGGCUCUUUUGACUGGACAACGACCGAUGCGAGAAACUCAUACGUCGACGCCGAAGGUCUUCACAUUGUUCCAACCCUUACCCUCGACGAUACCCACUACACGGAAGCUCAGCUUCUCAACGGCACACUUUUGAAUUUGACUGCGGAUGGCACAUGCACCUAUUCUGUGCAGCGUACGUCCACGCUGGCGGAUUGGAGUUCGUGUGAGGUGCUCAGCAAUUCUACGUCAGGGCAAAUUCUGCCUCCGGUUCGAUCCGCUCGUCUCACUACAAAGGGCAAGAAAACGAUCAAGUAUGGUCGGGUAGAAGUUGUCGCAAAGCUGGCCAAGGGAGAUUGGAUGUGGCCUGCAAUCUGGAUGAUGCCCGAGAAUUCUGUCUACGGCGAAUGGCCAAAGAGCGGCGAGAUUGAUCUCUGCGAAUCUCGUGGCAACGAUGCAGAGACCUACGCUCUCGGGAACAACAUUGUAUCCUCGACAAUGCAUUGGGGAACAACAUAUCUCAAUGAUGCAUAUUCAAAGAGCACGGCCGACUGGGGCGCGCAAAGAACAAAGUACAGCGAUGGUUAUCACACGUACGGACUCGAAUGGACUGAAGACUAUCUGUUCACCUGGCUCGAUGGUCGACUUCGGCAAGUUCUUUACUUCGAUUUUACCAAGAACGAGAACAUGUGGACAUAUGGAGAGUUUGCUGGCAGUACGGUCAAUAAGACUGUCCCCAGCAAUCCGUGGAGCGGUAGUGACCGGAAGAACACUCCGUUUGACCAGGACUUCUAUCUCAUCCUCAAUGUCGCUGUUGGCGGCACGAAUAAUUAUUUCCCUGAUGAGGUUGGUGGUAAGCCCUGGGUGGAUGACAGCUCGAGCGCCAUGAAGGAAUUCUACCUGGCCCAGAGCUCCUGGCUCCCUUCAUGGCUUACCACGGAGGAACGCGGCAUGAUUGUUAAAUCGGUAAAGAUGUGGCAACUAGGAGCCUGCGCAUGA